AUGCUUGAUAUCAACCUCUUCCGCAUCGGCCGUGGCGGUAAGAAAGAGGACGGCACUCCGGACGCCGUCCGCGAGUCGCAACGCAGUCGCUUUGCUUCCGUGGAUAUUGUCGACGAGAUCAUCAACCUAGACGAGCUGUGGCGCAAGAGGCAGUUCGAUCUGGAUGAAAUCCGAAAGGAGCUCAACGCCACCAGCCGAGAUACGGGCAAGCUGAAGACGAGAAAUGACGAACAAAAAGUUCAGGAGCUGAUGGAAUCCACCAAUCAGAUAAAGGAGAGGUUGGCUGCUACAGAAGCUGAGGUGCGGGGCAUCAAGAUCAUGCUUGACACCAAGCUUAUGGCUAUUGGCAAUAUUGUGCAUGAAUCUGUGCCCAUCAGUGACAAUGAGGAAAAUAAUGUUGUUUUAAGGACAUGGGGAGAAAGGAGAAUGGAGAGCAACUUGAUGAAUCAUGUGGAUCUUUGCAGGAAGCUUGAUAUUGUCGCUUUUGAGGAAGGUGUUGAUGUGGCCGGUGGAAGGGGUUACUUUUUGAAGGGUUAUGGUGUCCUCCUGAACCAGGCAUUGAUAAAUUUUGGCCUAGCUUUCCUGCAAAAUCGUGGCUUUGACCUACUGCACACUCCCUUUUUCAUGAGAAAGGAAACAAUGAGUAAAUGUGCCCAAUUAGCCCAAUUCGACGAGGAGCUAUACAAAGUAACAGGUGAUGGGGAAGAAAAGUAUCUUAUAGCCACAUCUGAACAAUCUAUGUGUGCUUAUCAUCUAGGCCAUCGAAUUCAUCCAGAUGAAUUGCCAAUUAGAUAUGCUGGUUACUCCACCUGCUUCCGAAAAGAAGCUGGUUCACAUGGAAGGGACACUGCUGGCAUCUUCCGAGUGCAUCAGUUUGAAAAGAUUGAGCAAUUCUGUAUUACAAGCCCGAAUGGCAACGAUUCCUGGGAAAUGUUUGAAGAGAUGAUUAAAAAUUCAGAAGAUUUCUACAAGGAGAUUGGUCUGGCAUACCAGGUUGUUUCUAUAGUAUCUGGUGCUCUUAAUGAUGCUGCUUCUAAAAAGUAUGAUUUAGAAGCUUGGUUCCCGGCAUCAAACACCUACAGAGAACUUGUGUCCUGUUCAAAUUGUACAGACUAUCAAGCAAGAAGGCUUGGGAUUACCUAUGGCCAGAAGCUUGAUGAGAAGUCAAAUAAUAAAUUUGUUCAUAUGUUGAACUCCACUUUGACUGCCACUGAGAGGACGCUCUGCUGUAUUCUGGAGAACUACCAAAAGGAGGGGGGUGUUGAAGUGCCAAAAGUGCUGCGAGCAUACAUGGGAGGAAUUGAGUUCCUUCCUUUCAAGCAACCUAAAAACAAGCGAUAA